AUGGCGGACCAGCUCAGCGAGGAGCAGAUUGGCGAGUUCAAGGAGGCCUUCAGCCUCUUCGACAAGGACGGCGAUGGCAGCAUCACCACCAAGGAGCUUGGAACCGUGAUGCGCUCCCUUGGCCAGAACCCGACCGAGGCAGAGCUGCAGGACAUGAUCAACGAGGUGGAUGCGGACGGCAACGGCACCAUCGACUUCCCAGAGUUCCUGAACCUGAUGGCCCGCAAGAUGAAGGACACCGACUCAGAGGAGGAGCUCAAGGAGGCGUUCCGUGUGUUCGACAAGGACCAGAACGGUUUCAUCUCUGCAGCGGAGCUCCGCCAGGUGAUGACCAACCUCGGGGAGAAGCUUUCCGAGGAGGAGGUGGAGGAGAUGGUCCGCGAGGCCGACGUGGAUGGCGACGGCCAGAUCAACUACGACGAGUUCGUCAAGGUCAUGAUGUUGCGGAGAAGGGAGAAGAGGAUAGAGGAGAGGAGAGCGCCGUCGGCCAAGAAGAGCGCUGCAGGGGCGUCUGGUGCAAAGGAAAAAGAAGAAAGUGUAGAUACAAGGCGUGGCGGAGCUUGA